AGAAUAUACGGAUGGGUGCUCAGUAUCUCAAUCUGUGCUGAUACAGUACCGAGUAGGUAAUAAACAAUACAUUAUAUAAAAAUAAUUUGAGGAUAUACAGCACAAGUAACAUUCAGAAUCAUACACAAAAUCAAUGAAUAAACAAACAAACAAAAAAUAUAUAUGACAUUUAAGAGCUGCAGUGUUUUAAUAUACUCUAAAAAUUCAAUUGAAAAUCUGAAAAAAUUGGGGGAAGUUUUAGCAAAUCUGCAUUUGUGGAUAUAAAAUUUGCCAAAUAGAAUCAACAAGUUCUGCAGGCUCUGAUGUGACGGAUGUGUCAGGUACCCCGUGACGUCACUGGCUCCCUCCAUGAAUCAAAAACAUGGCGGCUGCCAUGGAGCUGAGAUGCUGGGGAGGAGAUUGGGGUUUGCCUUCUGUCCACACCGAGUCCCUCAUAGUUUUGGCAUACGCUAAGUUUUCCGGGGCAGAAGUCGCGGUUUCUCCUAUAGACUGGACAUGGAAAACUCUAACAGCGACAGUCCCAGAGUUGCUUUGUGGAGGCUCUGCAGUGCAAGAACCAGCGCAGAUACUCAACUUCCUGAGGAAACAGAGGUUUAAUGCAGACUAUGAGCUGACAGCCAGACAAGGAGCAGACACCAUGGCAUACAUCGCCCUGCUUGAAGAGAAACUGCGACCAGCUCUGCUACACACUUUCUGGGUGGAUGCAGAAAACUACGCCAAUCUGACACGGCCAUGGUUUGCGUCACGCUCGCCUUUCCCUCUUAACUUUCUCGUCCCUUGUCACCAUGCCAACACUGCCCUCUCCCGCAUCCUUCUAACCAAAGGAGAGGCGCCGCUACACAGAAUCAGUGAGGUGGAGGGAAAGAUCUACAGUGAUGCUAAAGAGUGCCUGAAUCUCCUCUCCUACAGACUGGGAACAGCAAACUACUUCUUUGGCAACUCGCCGACCAGUCUGGAUGCCUUUGUAUUUGGUUUUGUGGCGCCACUCCAUAAAGCCAGUCUUCCAAGCAGCCCUCUGCAGAGCCACCUCAGACAGCUGGAUAACCUCACACGCUUCUGUGACACCAUCCUUGCGGUCUACUUCAGCUCGGACCAACCUUGUCCUCCUCCACCUGUUCAGGAAACUAUGGAUGCCAACCUGCAGAAACUAACUCAGCUUGUAAACAAAGAAUCCAACUUAAUAGAAAAGAUGGAUGAUAACCUUCGCAGCAGCCCUCAGCACAAACCCCAUAGACCAGACCCCAAACCCAGUCUGGCCAGUGAGAAGAGCUCUACCCCUGCCUAACCCUUGACCUUACACCCCUGAUCCAGCCUUAGGAAUCGAGGAGGACCACCCCGUAGAUGAAAGGUGCUGACUCAACGUCCUGAAAUCAAAAAAUUGUCAUAAAGCUGAACUGCAACUUGAAUGGAAAAUAACAUUUCACAUCAUUAACAGGAAUAUGACUAUAUGAUUAUAAAAAGAGACUUUUUUUUACAGCAAGAUAAUGAUGAUAGAUUUCAAAGAUGUUUGUCUGAAAGAGAAGGAAAAGUGCUCUAGAGAGGUUUUUAAGAAGGUUGAGCGAAUGUAUGUGGUAAAGAUGGAAUGCUAUGAAGUGGUGUUCAAUGAGAAAGACACAAAAAGUUCAAAGGGAAGCCAGCCUACAGUUGAUGCACCAUAGAGAACACGAAGAUAUUGAAGAGACUGUGGUCACUUAAGUAGAACAGUGUGGUGCUAGAGAACCUUAUGGCAAGAUUUGUUAAGUUAUGUUAAACCCAGUUUAUGAAUCUGUGUUUUUGUUAGACCCCCAUCCUUCUGAGCACACAUUAUUUCUAACAUCCACUGUAAAAUGUUCUGCACUGUAAAUUCUUGCAUUUUAAUUAGGGUAAUGUACACUAUGUAUGCAGUCAUGACUAUAGGAAUGAACAACUACUUAUUAUGCUUUGCUUUCACCUCCUCUGUUGUGUAUAGUUUGUAUAGUUGUAAAUAGUUUCAUGAUUGAAAUCAAUGCAAUUUACUCGUGGUUUCUUCUAAUAGGGCUGAUCAGCUUGUUCACAAUCACUGAGGUAAUGGAAGGGCCUUACACACUGUAUUAACUUAUUCAUGCAAAAUAUUUGGGAUUAACGUGUUUAUUGUGUGUGUGUGUGUGUGUGUGCGUGUGUGUGUGUGUCUCUUUCAAAAAAUUUUUUCUUUGUUGUCAAAGAUUGUGUGUGUUAUUAACAGUCCACUCACUUCUGUUGUUGCCAUGAUUUUCCACGACCAACAUUUACUUUGUUUUGAUUUUUUUUUCUGCUGUAUUAUCAUUUGUGCCUAUUUAACACUCAUUCUGUUUAAAUUGAAGUGUCCGUCCUAUAUGGGAAUGUCUCAUUAGCUGCCUUCUGAUUUCCUUUAUUGGUACAGUCUGAUUAUCUAGUACAGAAAUUGGACUGGGAUAUGAGUUGCCUUUUUUUUUUUGCUUUGUUUUUUUUUGUUUUUUUUUUUACUGUCAUGCUCUCUAAUAUCCUCACAGCUCAUACAUCACAGAACUGAGUCUUCUCCAUGUGAUUCCUUUCAUGAUCUCAGUUUUAGAAUAUGAAUACUCGUAAAGAUACCUGGGCUCUUGCAACUUCAUGGUUACAUUCCCUUUAAAGCACCGUAUUCUGAAACUAAAAUGUUCAUUGGGGUGUGUGCUGUCAUCACCCCGUGUUGUCAGACAGGCUUGUGAGGACCACAUGGGUGCAGUGUGCCUUCACGACUGAUGGUGUCAAAAUGUAUUUUCUGUCCUUUAUAAUUUUGAUACAUUGUCAUAAAUUAUCUUUGUUCUUUCAGUUGCUGUUGUUCAUGAUCUGUUGUACUGGUUGAUAACAACUGUCUUCAUAUUACUGAAAUACAAAUAUGAUAAGCCAA